CCUGGGUCCCCAGACAGCUGGAGGAGAUAAACAGAGGAGGAGGAGGGAGGGGGUGCGUGUGUGAGAGCGCGCGAGGGAGUGUGAGUGUGUGUGAGCGCGGGUGUGAGGCUGUGCGCAGGGGCGGGCGGAGGCGCUGUCCGGCCGCGGUCAGGCGCCGGGCGGGGAGCAUGGGAAGGGGCUAGAGCUGCCCGGGCCCCCAGCCCCCUCCCCGGGAUCCGCGCCCCCCCUCCCGGGAGAGGGGCCGGGCCCCCUGGACCGACAUGGGCUCCUGAAGUUGCGCCGCCGCCGGUCCCGGGAAGAGGCCUGACAGGUAAUUAAAUGUGUGUCUUGUGGACCUGGACUUGGCUGGAAUGCUCAAGGGUCCUGAAGAUCCUUCUAUAGCUUCCUUCUGUUGAACUCAUUAAGAGAAGAUGGCAAAAGUCAACAUAACUAGAGACCUCAUCUGUAGACAGAUCAAGGAGCGGGGUGCCUUGAGCUUUGAGCGGCGCUACCAUGUCACUGACCCCUUUAUCCGGCGACUAGGCCUCGAAGCAGAGCUACAGGGUCACUCAGGAUGUGUCAACUGUCUGGAGUGGAAUGAGAAAGGAGACUUGCUGGCUUCAGGUUCCGAUGACCAGCACACAAUUGUGUGGGACCCACUGCACCACAAGAAGCUGCUCUCCAUGCACACAGGACACACUGCAAACAUCUUCUCUGUCAAGUUCCUGCCUCACGCUGGGGACCGUAUCUUGAUCACGGGGGCAGCUGACUCCAAGGUGCAUGUCCACGACCUGACAGUAAAGGAGACGAUCCACAUGUUUGGAGACCAUACAAACCGGGUGAAACGGAUCGCCACGGCACCCAUGUGGCCCAACACCUUCUGGAGUGCCGCUGAGGACGGGCUUAUCCGCCAGUAUGACCUUCGGGAGAACAGCAAACACUCGGAGGUGCUGAUUGACCUGACAGAGUACUGUGGCCAGCUGGUGGAGGCCAAGUGCCUCACUGUCAACCCCCAGGACAAUAACUGCUUGGCAGUUGGAGCCAGUGGGCCCUUUGUGAGACUCUACGAUAUUCGCAUGAUCCACAACCACAGAAAGAGCAUGAAGCAGAGCCCUUCAGCAGGCGUGCAUACCUUCUGUGACCGGCAGAAGCCCCUCCCGGAUGGUGCAGCCCAGUAUUACGUAGCAGGUCACCUACCGGUGAAGCUGCCUGACUACAACAACCGUCUGCGAGUGCUGGUUGCCACCUAUGUGACCUUCAGCCCCAAUGGCACCGAGCUGCUGGUCAACAUGGGAGGGGAGCAGGUCUAUUUGUUUGACCUGACUUACAAGCAGCGGCCGUAUACCUUCCUCUUGCCUAGAAAAUGCCACUCCUCAGGGGAAGUUCAGAAUGGCAAGAUGUCCACCAAUGGUGUGUCCAACGGUGUAUCCAAUGGCCUGCACCUUCACAGCAACGGCUUUCGGCUGCCCGAGAGUAGGGGACAUGUCAGUCCCCAGGUAGAGCUGCCCCCAUACCUGGAGCGUGUGAAACAGCAAGCCAAUGAGGCCUUUGCCUGCCAGCAGUGGACCCAGGCCAUUCAGCUUUAUAGCAAGGCCGUGCAGAGGGCCCCUCACAAUGCCAUGCUCUAUGGAAACCGAGCUGCCGCCUACAUGAAGCGCAAGUGGGAUGGUGACCACUAUGAUGCCCUAAGGGACUGCCUCAAGGCCAUCUCCCUAAACCCAUGCCACCUGAAGGCACACUUCCGCCUGGCCCGCUGCCUGUUUGAGCUCAAGUACGUGGCUGAGGCCCUGGAGUGCCUGGAUGACUUCAAAGGGAAGUUCCCAGAACAGGCCCACAGCAGCGCUUGUGAUGCUUUGGGCCGAGACAUCACAGCCGCCCUCUUCUCCAAAAAUGAUGGUGAGGAGAAGAAGGGAGCUGGUGGCGGCGGCCCUGUCCGCCUCCGCAGCACGAGCCGCAAGGACUCCAUCUCAGAGGACGAGAUGGUGUUGCGGGAGCGAAGCUACGACUAUCAGUUCCGCUACUGUGGCCACUGCAACACCACCACAGACAUCAAGGAGGCCAAUUUCUUUGGCAGCAAUGCUCAGUAUAUCGUCAGCGGCUCUGACGAUGGCUCCUUCUUCAUCUGGGAAAAGGAGACCACCAACCUGGUCCGCGUGCUCCAGGGAGACGAGUCCAUUGUCAACUGCCUGCAGCCGCACCCCAGCUACUGCUUCCUGGCCACCAGCGGCAUCGACCCUGUUGUGCGGCUCUGGAACCCCCGGCCAGAGAGUGAAGACCUCACAGGACGGGUCGUGGAGGACAUGGAGGGUGCUUCCCAAGCCAACCAGCGGCGCAUGAAUGCGGACCCGUUGGAGGUGAUGCUGCUGAACAUGGGCUACCGGAUCACGGGCCUGAGCAGCGCAGGUGCUGGGGCCUCUGACGACGAGGACAGCUCUGAGGGCCAGGUGCAGUGCCGGCCCAGCUAGACCCGCCUGGCCCCGGUGCCCAGCCCUUGCUGCUGGCUGGAUCCUCCACCUGGGCAGGAGGUCAAGGGAUUUCUGUUUUGAUUUGUCUUCCCCCCACACCCUUUUUUUUUUUUUCAUUUCCCCUGUUUUGUUUGUUAGUUUGGCAUCGCGGCGGGGUUGUUGCUACAACUCAUGGCUUUCAGACUUUGGGGUGCAUUGCCUCUGAAUGGCCCCAACCCUGAGAAGAGCAGGGGGGACACCCUUCAGUAUGCCCCCCCGCCUCCUGCUUCCAUGUCCCUGGAGGGCUCUGGCCCACCUCAGGCCAGGCGGGGAGGCCAGGGCUCACACGGACUCCAGGGACCGCCCUCCCCUUCAGCUGGCAGCAGGAAGGGGAGUGGAAUUCCCCACCAGUAAGGGCUAGCCUCGAUGGGUUGCUACUCUUGCUCCAGACAGGCCAGGCUAGCUCCCCCUUGGUCUUCAGGGAAGGUUCUGAAAAAGGAUACAGUCCCACCCUCCCUCCAGAGCCACCGCAUCAGGGUGGAAACAGGAGGAGGGAUGGGAGCCCCGAAGUCAGCAAGGCCAGGUCACUGCCCUGGUGGCAGAGCAUCCUUGCCCUCUUGGUGGGCACUGGCUGUGGGCCCUGCACCUGUUCUCACUGACCACCUCUGGGGGCUCAGCCUAUCCUCAAGGCCUGGCAGAGGGUGGGGCACCACACCAUACCCCACCCACCUGUGCCAGCCCUUCUGCACCUCGGCCACUCUCCUCUCUGGGGCGCUCCUUGGCCUCACUGUGACCUUCCUGCCAGAGCUCCCAGCCAGGCCUACUCUCACUGAGGUGGCGCUCCCCUCCCCUCCCCGCUAAGGGCCUCUCCCUCCCUCCCAACCCACAUGCUGAGCCGCCACAAAGACCAAAGAAGUGAUGGCUUUUCUCUGUCCCCUGCUGCUCUGGGGGGAGGGGGGGUGGGUCUCCUGAGCCACUAGGAUGGGAAGUCCCCAACUCAGCCCCCUCUCUCCUCAGCAGCCCGAGCUUUACACUGGAUGCAGCAGUCACCCCACCACUCACCAAGGCCCCUCUCUGCCCCCUGGGCUCUCCACUCAGAGCUGCUAUGGUAGUGGGUGCUCCCUCCUCCCUUCCCCCCAUUUCCCCUCAGUGCUUACUUGGCUCCAGCCCUCCAGCUGCAGCCUCUGGGGAGAAGCAGCCUCCGUUCUCCUCCCGCCCGCCCUCCCUCCCUCCGCCCCUGUCUCUGCCAGGUGCCUCCUCUCAGUCAGGCUUCAGAGCUGCCCUGGAGACAGGAGGGCCAUGUUAAAAGCUUUUUCACAGUUUUAAGAAGACAGGGGGGGUGCGGAUGGUGGUGGGGGGUCUGGCACCAUCUCGUUACUGCUUUAAUCCAGGCAACACAGGUGGCAGCUUCUCCCUUUCCUCCCCACCCCGUCCCUCUUCCCAGCCCUCUCCUCUAGCUUGGUAAUGAAGCAUAUUUAUUGGGGAAGGAAACAGCUGCUGCUGCUUCUCCUGCUGCUAGGACUUGCUCCCCUGUCUCUUCUCCAUGACCUUUCUCUCGCCAGGGAGGGGACAGCGGGAGGAUUGGGACUGGGCCUUGGGGCCCGAGGGCCAGCAGGGGCCCCUUACUUUCCUGUGUUGGAGCCACCCGCCAUUUCCUCUCUCCCUGCCUCCCGCCUCCCGCCCCCUGCCUGCCCGGCCUGGGCCCUGCAGUGUGGAGAGACACAUAAGCCUUACUGUCCUCUGGGGGCAGGAGCCGAGCCUUUUUGUUGCUCCGCUCCCAGGAGAGUGAGGGUGACGCAAUUGAUUAAAACCAUUUUGUUCUAGG